CUAAAUACCUCUCGUCGACUCUCAGUCGAUGCCAAAAGCCGCACCUAAUCUCUCUCUCUCUCUCUACCUCUAUAAAUAAGCAAAGGGUUGGUGUUGGUAUCCUCGCCGCCUAGAAGUCUCCGCUCGCUCUUCCAUUUCGUUGAAGGGCCACCAACUACUCUCUCUCCGGCGAUCUCGUGAGCUCUCCAGUCGCUCCGACUGCUCUCAGCAACCAUGUCAACGGCAAGACUUCCCUCUCAGUUUGCAGUCAGAAGUGCACCCCAUGCCCCAAGGGUAAAUGCCUUCAUCAAGAUCCCAACCUACUUGGGAUCUGUGAAGAGCGUCUCUAAAGUAUUUGGCUUGAAAACUUCUGCGGAUUUUAGAGCAUCGAUGGCAGCAUACAAGAUCAAGCUGAUUAGCCCAGAAGGCGAGGAGCACGAGUUUGAAGCCCCUGACGAUGCUUACAUCUUGGACACAGCCGAAAAUGAAGGAAUUGAGCUGCCAUAUUCUUGCAGAGCUGGUGCCUGCUCCACCUGUGCGGGGCAAUUGGCGUCCGGUACCGUUGAUCAAUCUGAUGGAUCUUUCCUUGAUGAGAACCAAACAAAACAGGGUUACUUGCUCACUUGUAUUUCCUACCCGACUUCGGAUUGUGUCAUUCAUACCCACAAGGAGUCUGAUCUUUACUGAGUUUAACUCAUUUCAGAGUUCCAGUUCGAUAUAAUGGAAGCUUGGGCAAGGUUUCAAACUCCUUGUCUAGAGAGGUCCCCAUGGAUUAUCAUGUUUUGAACCUUAGAUAAACAAACUUCUUGAACUGAACAAAAGAAUAUUUGUUCUGGUAAUGGCGGUUGUCUCCCGUCUUUUGUUUUCCCCUCUUUUUGAAACAUUACCGAUGCCCAAUUUAUAGUUAGUUGUUA